AUGUCUAAUUUGGAGAAGUCAAAGCUUCAUCUUGCCAUGUUCCCAUGGCUAGCCAUGGGACACAUAACUCCAUUCAUCCAUCUAUCCAAUGAGUUAGCUAAAAGAGGUCACAAGAUCUCAUUUUUGUUGCCGAAAAAGGCUUUGAUUCAACUAGGCAACAACAAUUUGUACCCAGAUCUAAUCAAAUUCAUUGUUGUUACUGUUCCUCAAGUUGAGGGCCUGCCUCCAAGUGCAGAAACUGCUUCUGAUAUAGACAUCACUGGCAAGAAUCCACUGGCUAUAGCCUUUGAUUCCAUGGCUGAACAAGUUGAAUUAUUGUUGAGUGAUUUGAUGCCUGAUUUUGUGUUCUAUGAUUUUGCUGACUGGAUUCCUAAAUUGGCAUCCAAGAUUGGGUUCAAGACUAUUUGUUAUAAUGUUAUUUGUGCUUCAUGUUUGGCUAUUGGGAUUGUUCCGGCUAGGAAAAUUCCCAAAGACAGGCCCAUGACGAUUGAGGAACUGAUGGAGCCACCCAAAGGGUACCCUUCUUCCACUGUGGUGCUCCGGGGGCAGGAGGCGCGUACCUUAUCAUUCAUAUCUAUGGAUUACGGCGCCACCACUUUUGAUGUGCGGAUCACAGCUGCAAUGAAGGGUUGUGAUGCAAUUUCUAUAAGGACUUGCCAAGAAUUGGAAGGGCCAAUGUGUGACUAUUUGUCAAGCCAAUACGGGAAGCCUGUGAUUCUAACAGGGCCAGUUUUGCCAGACACGCCCAAGGGACAACUUGAAGAGAAAUGGGACAAAUGGUUAAAUCAAUUUGAGCCAAAAUCUGUGGUGUACUGUGCAUUUGGGAGCCAAUUGAUUCUCCAAAAGAACCAAUUUCAAGAACUUGUACUGGGUUUUGAGAUGACAGGGCUACCAUUUUUCAUUGCCCUCUCAAAACCAGCAGGUGCAAAUUCCAUAGAAGAAGCACUGCCAGAGGGUUUUGAAGAGAGGGUUAAAGGAAGAGGGGUUGUUUAUGGUGGCUGGGUGCAACAGACUCAGUUUCUCGGCCACCCCUCUGUUGGGUGUUUUGUGAGUCAUUGUGGAUUUGGAUCCAUGUGGGAGUCUUUGUUAAGUGAUAGCCAAAUCGUGCUUGUGCCAAGACUUGCCGACCAAAUCUUGAACACACGGCUGCUGGCGGAGGAGCUCAAGGUGGCGGUGGAGGUGGAGAGAGGUGAAAUGGGGUGGUUUUCGAAGGAGGAUUUAUGCAAGGCCAUUAAAUCUGUGAUGGAUAAAGACAGUGAAGUGGGCAAUUUGAUCAAGGAAAACCACUCAAAAUGGAAGGAAACUCUGGUGAGUCCAGGAUAUAUGGACAAUUACAUAGAUAAUUUCAUCAAAACUCUUUAUGAGCUUCGGGUGUAA